AUGCUCCCACAAAGCACACACAACCUCUCUCCUUUGCCUCACUUCAGUACAUCUUCUCUCCCGUUACCCAUUUCCCCACCCACUCUCCUCGCCCAUUCUGCCCGGCUCCUCUCCCUGCCCCCUCUCCCCAUCCCUCUUCCCGUCUGUCCCCCCGCCCUCUCCUCCCGUGCGCAUUUUACGAGUCGACUCAAAAACUGUCCCCUCGCCCUCUCCUCCCAUGCGCAUCUCUCUCAGCUGCUGGCUGGGCCGCAUCGCCCCCUGCCUCUGGCGAAUGCCAACGCCAUGCUCAGGCGGGCGGAACUGAGCUGCGAGUCCCCCCCUCGCUCACGCCACGUGCAGGUGGCAGCAACGCUCACCUUUGGAUGGCUCAUUGCAGCUUGGGGCCCACUGGUAUGCGCCAAAGCAUGCCUCGCCCUCGUUGCACUCUCCCUCCCUGCCAUGGUGCGUAUUCACCUUCACCCCAAGAAUGCUCAAAACGUCAAUUGCGAUACUCCUGAUGCCGCCGCCGCCGCCGCCGCUACUGCUGCUGCUGCUGCUGCUGCUGCUGCUGCUGCUGCUGCUGCUGCUGAUAAUGAUGAUAAUGAUGGUGGUUCGACUCUCCCCACUGCUGCAACUGAAAACCACAACGCUACCACCCACGCCCCAGACUUCACAGAGGCAACACAAGGUGAGGCAGUAACCUCCAGUGCUGGAAGCAUAUACCCCCAACCUCUGCACGCACAACCUACAACGGCAAGUGAAGGAUCAUCACAGCCAGAGACGCAGCCAGCAGCGAAGGAGGAGGUGGAGGAGGAGGAGGAGGGGGAAAAAGAAGAGGCAAAAUCGGCUUUCCUAGUAAAGAAGGUGGGGCAGGACGCAGGACCCACAUGGGGUGUCCUUGCUUCUGGAACACCCCCAGCAUCACUCUGCAUGGUGGCCGUUGCAGCAGCGCUAGCACCAGCAUCAACACCAGAAGCAGCAGCAGCAGCAGCAGCAGCAGAAGAGGCGAUCCCUCACCCUGCCCAUUCAUCCCAGCAGGCACUUCCAAGAAGCUCAGCAGUAGGAGCGCCAGCAGGAGUGUUGAAAAGGGUGGAUGAAGCUGAAGUUGAAGCAGAGGGGAAGGGGGGGUUUCGGAGCUAUGUGCGGCAGCUGGUGAUGCCUGCGAGCGUGCACAUGGGCGUGGUGGGCGAGUUCAACAGCGCGUGUGCCGCAAUGGGCUUCGCAGCCACGUUGGUGUCGUCGCCCCUCAUCGCUCGCUUCGGCGUUUUGCAGGCCGGCAGUGCAGCGCUGAUAUAUCAAGCGCUGCUGGUCUUCCUCUCGCUGCUCACCUUCUCGUCAAUCUCGUUUGCGCCGCCUUCUCUGCACCAAGGCCUGCUGCUGCUCUUCCUCCUGCUAAUCGGUCCUUUCAACGCGGAAGUUGUUAACGUGGUGCCGGCUAAGGCGUCUGCGUUGCACGUCAAUGGCCUGCAGGGAGAAGGGAGCGACAUCCACGGUCCGUCAGAUGCGGAUCCAGAGAAGCGUCAGGCCUCGUCAUCAGGAGCGCAAGAGAAGGCCAAGGGUGUGGCCAAGGAUGCGGAAGAGGAUGGGGGUUACCUCAGCGAUGAUCCCGAUGAGUGUCAAGACCCGGAGGCGAUCAGCGACAUCGCGACGCAGGCUGGUUUCGCCAUCACGCUUCUUGUCCCUUUCAAGUGGCACGAGGAAGUCCCGCGUACGAUCGACACUGUCGGCGAGUUGCUCCGGCUGUGGGAGGGACACAUGACGGGGAACGCAAAGGUCACGACCAAGUUUCACAAGCUGACGCCGGCGUGGCUCUCUAAGGAGCACUUCGGCCGUCUCCAGGUGGUGUUCGUUAAUGCGGCGGAUGCGAAUUUUAUGUGGAGCAGGAAGGUGGAUCAUUUCACGGCGUCCAACGUGCGGUUGACGCUCGGAUGGCAGCACCCGGAAAAUCAGGAGUACCUGAAGGAGCGUUCGGCGAGGCCAGAAGCCAUUGAGGUGCUGCUGAAGAGCGUACCGGCGGUAAUCUCCCCCGAGAUGGUCAGGAAAAGCCUGGUGACGGCGACCCUGCUGAAGCGCAAGCGUACUGCAUUCCUGGAGGGUUCAGCCUUUCAUAGGGUGGUGGAUCCGGUGACGGGGUCAGAUACGGACAAGAUUAAGGGGUUGGUGUUCCGCCACCCCGGGGAUAAGCAGUGGUGGUUGAGGGUGGAUCGACAGAAGCGGCUCACCUCUGUCUUACUCCCCUUUCGAGCAGCGGCCUCCCUGAAGCUGACCCCAGCUACAAAGGCCAUCAUGGAAGACCCGGCGAUGGUGCUUACCUCCACCAACGGAGUGCGGGAGGAGUGGCUGUGUGUCCAGGAGGGUUGCGAAAAGGCGCAUGGAGUCACCUUCGCGCAGGCAGCGGAACAUGCGGCAUCGGUCCGACACUGCACAGAGCGCCUCAAGGCGGGAUCGGCGACGCGUCAGAGCAAGGGGAAACUGAACCUUCUGGCAGUCAGGAAGGCGUUCGGGAUGUGA